UUAGCAAAGUGGCUAAAAAUAAAAAUAUAAACUUUAAUUCGGGUGUUUGGGAUUGAAGAAUCAUUAAUAAUGGGUUUGUUUCGGACGCUUUUGUGGAUUCUCUCGGUCGCGGUGUUUAUAAGCGAGGCGAGGAUUCACCGCCUGGUUCUGAAAAAUGAAACGAGGUUCGUGGUUCAUCUGAACACGUUCGGGUAUUACGCUAAGGGCACGCUGGACGUCCGACUCAACUCUCUCCAGCUGCCGCAGAGGAAGCCGAGCGACGCCAAGAAUUAUCCUGUGGGCUUCACUUUGUCCAGGUCUCGAGUGAACGGCGUUCUCUCUUACACAGCGGAGGACACUAAGCAGUGCACGCUGUCCAAAACCAAGAGCGAGGAGACGCUCUUCCUCUUCAUCAUCGACACCCAGAACAUGAGUGUCCAGGUGAGGUCGUUUGGAGAGAAGGACACUGAAUUGAAGGCCAAGCUGAAGAAAGAUGAGAAAGGAUCUCGGAGAAGAAGAGAUGAGCCGAAGAAAGGGGAGCAGAACCAAGGGGAGCAGAAGAAAGGGGAGCAGAACCAAGGGGAGCAGAACCAAGGGGAGCAGAAGAAAGGGGAGCAGAACCAAGGGGAGCAGAAGAAAGGGGAGCAGAACCAAGGGGAGCAGAACCAAGGGGAGCAGAAGAAAGGGGAGCAGAACCAAGGGGAGCAGAAGAAAGGGGAGCAGAACCAAGGGGAGCCGAAGAAAGGGGAGCAGAACCAAGGGGAGCAGAACCAAGGGGAGCAGAAGAAAGGGGAGCAGAACCAAGGGGAGCAGAAGAAAGGGGAGCAGAAGAAAGGGGAGCCGAAGAAAGGGGAGCAGAACCAAGGGGAGCAGAACCAAGGGGAGCAGAACCAAGGGGAGCCGAAGAAAGGGGAGCAGAACCAAGGGGAGCAGAACCAAGGGGAGCAGAAGAAAGGGGAGCAGAACCAAGGGGAGCAGAACCAAGGGGAGCCGAAGAAAGGGGAGCAGAACCAAGGGGAGCAGAAGAAAGGGGAGCAGAACCAAGGGGAGCAGAACCAAGGGGAGCAGAAGAAAGGGGAGCAGAACCAAGGGGAGCAGAACCAAGGGGAGCAGAAGCAAGGGGAGCAGAACCAAGGGGAGCAGAACCAAGACCCUAAUAAUGUAAACAAGAAAGGCGACCAAAGCAAGGAUGACAAUGAUGCACCAAAGCCGACGCCCAAAAAGACGACGGAGGCGAUGGUGGAGGACGAGACGGAGGAGGAGGAGAUAAAGGAGAAAACCACGCCUUCACCCGGCAGCGGAGUGAAGAAGAUGGACGGCAUGACGCUGGCGCUGGAGAAACACGGAGAUUCUUACAACUUCAGCUUCCACAUCACCAUGGGCGCCAUGGAUCAGGGUCUGUACCAUCUCAACUUCCACAACUGCUACAACAUGAGGCCGGGCGUCCUCACUCCCUACUCGCUCAACGUGGAGAUCACGGAGAAGAACCCGGCCGGAUUCCUCUCGGCCGCCGAGAUCCCCCUGCCCCGCCUCUACAUCAGCAUGGCCGUCACGUUCCUCACGGCGGCCGUGGUCUGGACCCACACCCUCUUCAAACACAGGUACAGCGUGUUUAAAAUCCACUGGUUGAUGGCGGCGCUGGCCUACACCAAAGCCGUCUCCCUGGUGUUCCACAGUAUAAACUAUCACUUCAUAAACACAGAAGGGCACCCGAUCGAGGGCUGGGCCGUCAUGUACUACAUCACUCACCUGCUGAAGGGGGCGCUGCUGUUCAUCACGCUGGCUCUGAUAGGAACAGGUUUCGCCUUUAUUAAGUACAUCCUGUCUGAUAAAGAGAAGAAGAUCUUCGUCAUCGUCAUUCCUCUACAGGUCCUUGCUAACGUGGCGUACAUUAUAAUGGAGGAGACGGAGGAGGGGGCGAGUGAGUACGCUCUGUGGGGGGAGAUCCUCUUCCUGGUGGAUCUGAUCUGCUGUGGAGCGAUCCUCUUCCCCGUCGUCUGGUCCAUCCGUCACCUGCAGGAGGCGUCGUCCACCGACGGCAAAGCGGCCAUGAACCUGGAGAAGCUGAAGCUCUUCAGACAUUAUUACGUCAUGAUUGUGUGUUACAUCUACUUCACGAGGAUCAUCGCCAUCCUGCUGAAGGUCACCGUGCCCUUCCAGUGGCAAUGGUGCAAAGAGUUUUUGGUGGAAGUGUCCACGCUGGUGUUCUUUGUGUUGACGGGGUUUAAGUUCCGCCCGGCCUCUAAUAACCCGUACCUGCAGCUCCCUCAGGACGAGGAGGACCUGGAGAUGGACGAAGUCGUGACCGAGUCGGGGGUGCUGGAGGGCAUCUCCAAAGUGAAGAAGACCGCCAACGGCCGGGAGAGGCAGCGCGAGCCCGCCUUGUGACCGCACCGCCGCGAGGGGGAGGAGCCUGGACUUUAAAACCCCGCCCCCUUUGAAACCCUCCAGCCAUUCCGCCCGUAGUCGCCGUUGCGUCGACUGCGGCAUCAGCUAUGCAAGAGGAGGGGGGUGGAACAGCAAAGCGGU